AUGUUGCUGAUCCUCCUCUUCCUUCCCGUAAUUUUCGCGAACACUCCUGCCCCGAAAGAAGUGCCUGAAGCGCUGUUGAGGCUCUACCAGCAAUGCGAUUUGCGGCGAUGGAUUCCGGAGACAGCCACUGGCGCAAAGGUUUGGUCUUUGGAGGUGGAUCCGAAUGAACAACGGCUUUACGCCAUUGAAUACCAUGUCGACUUCAAAAAUGGAAUCGUUGAGACCAUUUCGAAGUAGGUGGGGUCAGAAUCACAAUUUUUUGGGCACGAAAAUACUUUUAGGACACGGCUAAAGAUGAAAAAAGAAAUUGUAUUAUGAUUUUUGGGGUUUACUUUACUUCGCAGGCUGCAGAAUGAAAAUGAAAAGUCAGUACUGACCUAUAUUUUCUCCAAAAAAACUAGAGGAUUCGACCGCCUAAAACUUCUCUGGGCCUUGCCAUAGAAGAGUUAAUAAGCCAGUGGCCGUAUAGAAACAAUUUCUAAUUCAAAGCUCGGGCGCAGACUGGUAAAAUUUAUUUUUAAUAAUUGGUAAAAAACGAGCUUUUUGCGACAGAAAGUAGCUAAACUUUUUUUAAAGGUUUAAUUUUUUUGAGUCCCACUUUCAUAAAGAGCCUUUCUCCGAGCUGCGCCCAAGCUUUGACUUGAAAUUUUCUUAAAUUUUCUUGACAAGUCUAUGGUUUUUCACUUGAAGUUGACAUCUCUUGAGACGACAAAAAUUCGAAUCACUUUUUUUAAAAAGUACUGAGAUUUUUUGAACGGAAUUCGGUAAAAAAUUUGACCAUUCUCUCGAUGGAAUUGUUUUAAUAAUUUUUCUUCAGGAAGUUCGUGUAUAACAAAAAUAGAGCAGAGGGGAUCUGGAGCCAUGAUGUGAAAAGAGUGGGACUUAUUGAAUCCAGAGCCGACAGCUAGUAUGUUCCAGAUAUUUUUUUGCCCUUUUUUUAAUUUAAUUUUCUAAUUUUAUUUUUUUAUUUUGCUUUUAUUUUUUUUAUUUUUUUAAAUUUUUUAAAUUUUUUGAAUUUUAUUUUUUUUAAAUUUAUUAAUUUUAUUUUUUUUGUUUUAUUUUUAUUUCUGUUUUUAUUUUUUUUUUUACUUUUUUUAUUUUUGGUUUUUUAUUUUUUACGUUUUAUUUUUUUUGAAUUUCAGUACGUAUUUUUUCUGGCAUGACGAUCCCACUCACCCGAUGAACUUGGACGUAAAUUUGGCUUUACGCAAAAAUCUUAAUGAUAGAAUUCGGCACGUGGGUUACAAUGGAUUCGCCCGGAAAGACUUUGUUUACUCAACCAUCAGAGUAGAUAAAGUGAAGUUCGAUAGGUUCUCUCGUUGGUACGCCAAUCUGACUGGACUCGCCGAUCUUGUUGGGAAGAAGGAAUCGAAAGACGGAUAUUUUUUAUACCCUGAGCCGCAUGGACCUAUUUAUUUUUUGUUGGGGCGAAAGUGCAGAGAAGAACGUAUAGAUUUAGAUAAAUAUGUAAGCAAUUUUGCAAAGCACAAACAGAAAAAAAAUUGUUUCUUCAAGGCCCAAAAUGUUCUAAUAACAUGUUUUUUUCAGGCAUCGGGGGUUCUAAGUGCGGAUUUUGAUGAUGACUGCAGAGACUUUCGACCUCAAGGAAUGUUUGCUCGAAGCCAAUUUGGGAUAAUUUACAGCACGGUAAGUCGUGGUAUCACUCAAAUAAUGUGACCGAAAUUUUUUUCUUCAGAUGAUGUAUGCCUACCUGACAAGGGACUGCUCCGCUCAAAUCUAUGACAACUACUGGAGCCAUGCGUUUGGAAGGAUUCAAUUUACUAAUCAGACUUCGGUAAGUUUGUGGCAGGGUCAAAGAAACGACAGGAGUUUUUUUUUAAUCUUUUUUAUUGUUUGAAUUUUGCACGGUGCAAAAUUUGCCGCAGGCCGCACUGUGCGUAGGAAAUUGCUUUGCACUGUGCAGACAUGUUGUCAUUUUCUCGGUCAGCAAAAAAUAUUUUGUUCUUUUGUCACUGAAAAAUUUUUUUAUCGCACAGUGCAGCGUUUGCGACAUAUUUCUUUUUUUUUCCGCACUUUGCGGAUUUUCGCCGAGAAUUAUUUAUUUUUGUUGCACGGUGCGAACUUAUUUUCCCACUUUUUGCACAGUGCAAUUUUAGCGCGUUUCAUUUUUUAUGAGACGCAAGAAUUUUUUGACUGCACAUUGCAGAACAAAAUCAAAAUUUUGCUGUUAUUGUAACUUUUAUUGUCAGGAGACAACAACUACUACCACUACGACCACCACAACUACGACCACCACGACUACCACGACCACUACAACCACAACAACCACGCCUACGACAACGACCACCACGACUACCACUACGACGGUAUAUUUUUCUUGCCAAUUUUUUUACUCUGCGACACAGGAUUUUUUGACGCACAGUGCAGAUACAAUGCCAAAGUUACCGCUCAAAUGAUGCUGCAAGUUUCAUUUUCAGACCACUAGCACAACAACGACAACAACGACCACCACGACGACAACCACCCCCACCACGAUUACCACUCCAACAGUGCCCACUACGGUAAAUUUAUGGCAGGGUUCAAAACACCAUCAAGGAAUUUUCGAUUUUUAUACGAUUCUUUUGGACAGUGAAAUUUCCAGCGAUUUUUUCCCCUUUUUAACCUUUGAGCAUUAUUUUUUGACUCCACUGCACGGUGCAGAAAAAGCUUACUGUUCAAAUGAUGCUGUAAGCUUUAUUUUCAGACCACCACAACAACAACGACUACUAUCACGACUACCACUCCAACAACUAUUACAACUGCAUUACCCUCUACGGUUGGUUUAUGGACGUUGCCCAAAAAAGUGGCCUGAAAUAUCAGUCUGCCGGGAAAAUAACGGCGGAUCGUAGCAGCAAAAUGCCUCGCCUCAUCGAAAAAAGGGUGCAGUCGCGCACGAAAUCCCCAGCCGUGGCUAGACGGCGCAAAGCGAUGGUGGGAGAUUCCGAGGCGUGAUGAUCCGCCGUUAUUUUCCCGACAGGCUGAUAUUCUAUUUUUAGAAUUUGCACAGUGCAAAAUUUGUCGCAAAAACGCAAUGUGCAUCAGAAAUCCCGUUGCACUGUGCAAACAAAGUUUUUUCUACGUUUUAUUUUUAGACUACCACGACAACAACGACUACUACUUCCACCACCACGACUACCACUACAGCGUCAACUACAGUGGCCACUACUGUAAGUUUCCGGCAGGGCUCAAGUUUGAUUUUUGAACUGGGUUUUUCUGACUGCAUAGUGCAGUAAAAGGGGAAAAAUUCCAAUUCAAAAUUUUCUGUAAAUUUGAUUUUCAGACUACCACAACAACGACCACCACAACAACAACGACCACGACUACCACUACAACCUCAACUACAGUGACCACUACGGUAUUUUUAUGUCUUAUGAGCAUAUACUAGGAAUUAUUGCGCAGUCAAGAUCCUUUUGACAAAGAAAAAUAUUUUGCUUUUUUGUCACUGCACUGUGCAAUGGAAAAUAGUGCAGUGAAAAUAAAAAAUAAGAAAUUUUUGAUUGUGUGUUUUGUAUUUUCUCUGUAAGUUUUGUUUUCAGACCACUACCACAACAAUAACGACUACCACCACCACCACGACUCCCACUUCAACGUCUACUACAGUACCUUCCACGGUAAGUCUUUCACUGCGCAGUCAAGAUUCUUUUGAUUGUCCAAGAAAAAUAUUUUGCUUUUUUUAUCACUGCACUGAGCGAUGAAAAAUCGUUUUCCUAUUUUGUGAUUGACAGGGUGCACAGUGCACCUUUUGUGAAGGUUUGGGUUGUGACCCCGUUUGAUUGUGACGCACAAAUUUUCAGACUACAACAACAACGACCACUACCAUCACGACCAAGUCUACCACUCCGACGUCCACUAGAGUGCCGUCUACUCUUUCGCCCACAACAAUUAAUCCCAAUGCUAAGCCAAGUGCAAGCAAUAUAUCUUUCGUCACCACAGAGUUGCCAGAGCUGGGCAAAGAGUAGGUUGUGUUAAAGUGGCCCAAAAAUUCUUAGUGCUUUGUCUUGUGAGUGCUUGAGGUUUAGAAAUUUUUCGACGGGGUCUUUAAUAAUUGUUUGUCUUUUAUUUUCUUCGAGAUUCAAAUCUCAUGAAUGUUGUAAUUUUCAUUGUAAUUUUUAUCCUAGAUGCUGAGCUAUCACCCACUAGGGGCCAAUGCGCUAUCUGAAAGUUUGCUGAAAAUCAUAGAGCGCAGAUCGGAGAAUUUGCACGGGCGCAGCUCGAAAACAAGCCGAAACUUAGCUCCGGCGAGCAGUGAAAGCUUGUUUUCCGAGCUGCGCCCUACCAUUUUCAGCUAACUUUCAGCAAACUUUAAGAUAGCGCAUUGGCCUCAGAGCAAAUGAAAUCGGAUUUCUUUUUGUAAAACAGAUUUUUUUUGAAAAAUUUCGAAUAUAUCCUUGAAAAACUUUAUAGAAAUUUAUGCUAAAGCCCAUCAAGACCCGAAAAAUGCUCCAUUUUUAGCUCCGCAGAGUUGGUUUUGCCAGCCAACCACCGAACUGCCUACAUUUUCACUGGCUCGCUUCUGGGCUUGCUCGCCCUUGUUCUCUUUAUUUUAUGCUCAAUUGCGUUGGUCUUCCUCUACAGAAGAAGAAAGGAGAAGGUAAAGAAAUGGCCCCAUAAUCGCAUUGGAUUUUUUAGAAAGCAAGGAAGAUGAAGAGAAAGCUGAAAGAUCGUUUUACGACGACGGGAACCUCGACAAGCGCGAGCCGUACUAAUGUGACGACAAGGACGGAUACUCGCUCUUCAAUGGGGGAUCGGAUACUGUCUCAGGUAAGGAAGGAUAUUUGAAAAAAAUUGUGACCGCACUGUGCAACCAGAAAAAUAUGUUUGAUUUCUUUUGUACUGUGCGGCAAACAUUUUUUUGCACGGUGCAGUUGGAAUUAAAAUAAAAUAUUUCCUUGUUGUUUGCACGGUGCAGGCCAAUGUGGUGACUGCACUGGAGCGAUGGGAAAAAUAUUUUUUGCACGGUGCAGUUGGGAUCAGAGAUUGCCACGGCUCCGGAGCCGGCUCUUGGCUCCGGCUCCGAGCCGGAGCCGGUAAUUUUGGGUACGGCUCCGGCUCCCGAGCAAAACGGAGCCAGGCUUCUCAGCGUUCAAAAAAGUAAAAAUUCCAUAAUCUUGUUAAACCAAAUUGCUUAAAAAAUACUGGUAAAGAUGUGAUGCAUACUGCAAAAACGUGGAGUGUGUGAUCUAUACCACUAAUAACUUUUUAUUUGGAAAAAUAUUUUUUAAAUUUUUUUGAAUGGGAGCCGGGAUUCAGAGCCGAAGAGUUUUUUUAAUUUUUCAUGGGAGCCGGAGCCAAAAUUCUGACCGUGGCAAUCUCUGGUUGGGAUUACAAAUAUUUUUUUUUGUGGUUCGCACAGCGCAGGCCGAAGUAGAUACUGCACUGUGCAAUGGAUAAUAAAUUUUUUGCAUAGUGACAGAUUUUUUUGCAUUUUUACAAAAAAUAUUUUAAGAAAUUCAAUAAAUUCUUUUUUCAGAAAGGAAAGAAGAAAACUGAGUCUGUCGAUCGUUCUGUUCCGAUCCAAAAGAUCUCAAAGCUAAGAAUCAAGGAAACGGAAAGCCAAGAGUUUCACUAG